GCCGUUUGUGAGCUAUGGAAAUUAGUAUUUUGAUUAUGUUUUGUAUAGAUGAGAAACCAUUUAGAAUAAUAACAAAGACGUGGAUGGAAAAAUAGAAAUAAAUGACAACAGUCGAUUUGCAGUUAGAUAGGUGUCCAGAAAUGGUGAGGCGGCGUCGUAGUCUUGUUCCACAUGCAGUCGCGACGCCACAAUUCGUCACAGCGACGCAGUCAGGUUCCUCAACAGUCAGCACCUCUAGAUAACAACCCUUACCAGG